AUGACUGUAGAGCGGGACUUGCCAUUUCUGGUCUCUGCUCCUGGUAAAGUUAUUCUGUUUGGAGAGCAUUCCGCGGUUUAUAAUGAGCCUGCUGUUGCUGCAAGUGUCUCAUCUUUAAGAACUUAUUUGUUGGUCUCGCCAGCAGGUUCUAAUGCUGAGGACUCAAUUGAGCUAAGUUUCCCGGACAUUGGAUUUGACCACGUAUGGAAGCGCAAGGAGCUGGAGCCGGUUUUGCGUGAGACUGCGUUGUUGCAAGCCGCUCGUGAAGAUACGAAGAACCUAAAUGAGGAGUUAGUGGGCCUGCUGAAUGUUAUUCUGGAACCACUGAAGGAGUCUUUGCAUUAUCAUGCUGCUUUUUGCUUCCUGUACUUGUUUUGUACACUAUGCCCAUCUGCAACUAACAUCAAAUUCUCAGUUAAAUCAACGUUGCCGAUCGGAGCAGGGCUGGGAUCAAGUGCAGCUAUAUCCGUGUCUUUGGCCAUGGCCAUGCUUAGAUUGGGUGGUAAGCUAGUUACUGGGGAGAGUUUGUCAGGGGAGGAUAAAGCACUUAUUAAUGAGUGGGCAUUCAUUGGUGAAAAAUGUAUACACGGUACUCCAUCGGGUAUAGACAAUGCGGUAGCCACUUACGGUAAUGCAGUACUAUUCAAGAGAAGUGCCGAUGGUACCACGGACUUCGAAUUUUUGGAUAAGUUUCAUGAGCUCAAGAUCCCAAUGGUACUCACGUAUACUAGAAUUCCAAGAUCCACCAAAGUAUUGGUCUCUUCAGUACGAGACUUAUCAAAUAAAUAUCCGAAGGUCAUUCAAGAUCAUGUCAUAAAAGCAAUGGGAGAGCUCGCUUUGGAAAGUGUAGAUAUAUUGAAUAGUGGCAUUGGUGGAAAUGACAGCAAUUAUGAAAGACUUCUAGACCUUGUCAAUAUUAAUCACGGUCUAUUAGUAGCCAUUGGGGUUUCACAUCCUGGGUUGGAAAUUAUUAGGAAUCUAUCCAUAACAAACAGUAUUGGUGCUACCAAACUAACUGGAGCAGGCGGUGGUGGUUGUGCUUUCACCGUUCUAAAUAAAGACGUUCCACAAACAGAGGUGGACAAAUUCAAAGAAGAAUUGUCUAAGAAACACGGCUACCUAUCUUUCACAUCAGAGCUUGGCGGUGCUGGUUCAUGUAUGACGCCAACGCUAGUAGCAGAGCAAUAUAACCUAGUCGCACCGCUGUUCGAAAAUACUGAAAAUAAUAAGGAAGAACUGGAUAAGACCUUGCUUCCUGCUACAGCAACAAAUUCACUGUUCUGGAUCCAUUAG